CCCAGGCCCCGCCCGGUCCCGCCGCGCGGACGGGCUCGGCGCCGGACGCGAUGUCUGCGCUGGAGUGGUUCGCGCACAAGCCCUUGGGCGGCGGCAUCUUCUGGAUCCAGGAACGCUUCUACGAGUCGGGCAACCGGGCCAACAUCUGGCUGGUGCGGGGCUCGCAGCGCGACCUGGUGAUCGACGCGGGUCUGGGGCUGCGCAGCCUGCCCGACUACCUGCGGGCCGCGGGGCUGCUGGCGCCGCCGGACGGGGCCGGCCCGCGGCCGCUGCUGGCCGUGGCCACCCACGUCCACUUCGACCACUCCGGCGGGCUGCAGCACUUCGAGGAGGUGGCGGUGCACAGCGCCGAGGCGGCCGCGCUGCUCCGCGGCGACAACUACGAGGCCGUCACCUGGCUGUCGGACCGCGAGGUGGCGCGGCCGCCGCGGCCCGGCUGGAGAGCGCGGCAGUUCUGCGUCCCGCCCGUGCGGCCCAGCCGCCUCUUGCAGGAGGGUAAGCGCCGCGGGGCGCCGGCUCUUGUGGUUUGUGCCCUUCUUCCGGGGACGGUGGUGAGCAGCUCUGGUGGCGGGGACGGGGCCCGAGCGGGCGGCAUGGAGCCGCGUCAGGACAGGAGCAGGGGGCAGGGGAAAGGUGAGGGAAAGGGGCUGCAUGGGAGGGCGGUGGACAUGACCUCUGCAUGGCAGAUCAAGGAGCGUUUGGACACCGCUCUCAGACACGGGGUUUGGAUUUUGGGUUGGCAGAAACGUGCAGAAAUACCUUCUGCUCGCCCAGUUUGUGUGCCUGUAGGAGGAGGGCAUUUUUCCUAGAAUAACAGUCAGCGGUACGCUAGGAGCAAGGAUCUAGCAUCUCAAUACUGACUAAUCAAUGUCACACCUCAGUCAGUUCUGGCAUCUGCUAACCUAUGCUAUUUGUAAACUGCUGAGGCAUAACUGUAUAAAGAACGAAAUAGUUUAUUUAACUGUGUAUUGGAAAGCAUACAGGUUUUGUUUAACAGAAUCAUAGAGUCCUAGAAUGGCCUAGGUUGAAAAGGGCCACAAUUAUUAUUGAAUUUCAACCCC